AGGAAAUAAUCGAAGCUAACAUAUGCAAGAUUUGUCGAAAUUAUACCCUCUUGUAUAUGCACAUAUACAUAGAUAAUAUCUACCUACUAUAUAUAUAUAUAUAUAUAUACAUACUUUUCUAGAAGAGUUUUGCGUGGCUAUUUUUCGAAACUUCUCUAAUGUAGAAAAAGGAAUCAUUACUGAUAUUAUUAAGGGUAAUAUUUUCAAACAAACAAGCGUAACAGAAAAUUCCCUGUAUGGGGGAUGUCGAAUACAGAAGCUGAAAAUGCUUUACACUUCCAUUCAUAGGGAAUAUUAAUAGGCAAAUUAUAUAUAUAUAUAUUUUAUGCUUUGGAUUAUCAAGCAAAAUUUUCACUUUGUUGAAGGAAGAUAGAUACGCAUUCGUGUAUACUAUUCAAAGCUUGUGCUUGACAGCAUGAUCGGAAAGCGAAAUAAUUAGAGGAAAAUAGCAGCGUUGGUUUAAAUCAAUAAAUAAUGUUUAGCAUGGUCAUUGUGGAUGUUUUUUUUCUUGGGUUUGGUUGACGUUUUGGUUGCAUACUUUGAAUAUAUCUAUAUAAUUUUAGGUAUGAUUUCCUAUUUGAAUUUUUAUAUCUCUGAGGAUGUUUUUCUUAUUCUAUUUUUCAAAUUUCAAAUAAUUCCACUCAAUAUAUUCGUUCAUCACAAUCCAUAUUAUAUAGCUCUCCCCUUUCUUCAUUUAUUCCCUUGUAUUCUUACGUUCGCAUACUUUUUCUCACUUCCUUUUUAUUGUUAUUUAAUUUACAUAAACUUACAUACUUCAAGGUAAGCUUUUUUUUUGUUUGGAUGGAGAGGGGGUGGGGAAGGUAAAGGAAAAGGAAAAGAAAGAAGAUUGGUUGUAGGCCGCUUAUCCAGCAGAGAAGAACCCACCCACAUAUACACACACGCUCAAAUAUCUGUACGUAUAUCUCACGAGCGAAAACUCGGUGACUGACUUCUUGAAGAACAGGAAAUAUAGGAAGUCAAAAAAAAGUGGCAGGACUUAGUAAAAGGGCAUGAAAACAGAACAGAAUCAUCUCAAUUUAUUUUUCUAGCAAAUGGAAAAUAGUAUUAUAGAUUUGAAACACAUUAAUACAUACAACUGAUGCUUUUCCAAGGAAAAUUCAAAAAAGAUUAAAGGUAGGACCAAGCAAGACGAAUUGCUAUAAUUGAUGAAUAUCUCUCUCUUUUCUUCUAUAUUUUUGUUUGGUUUUGGAUCGUUAUCAAUUGGUUUUAUUUAUUUUUCCUUUCAAACGCAAACUCAUGAUGUUAAUUAUACACAUCUUUGAAUUAGCUAUAACAGCAUAUAUUGUAUGCAAUCUACAUAAAUCGGCAUAUAAUAGCUUUACUUUCUCGCGGUGACAUUUUGUACGGAGAAUUUGCUAUCAUUGGUUUUCUCAAUAUAAUAAGUAACAAUCAUUUGAUUAACACACAUCUGUAUCUGAUUAUCAAUUCAUCUUACUAUGGCUCCCUAGCAGUAACGAAUUUCUUAGAGUAUAAUAAUAAAUAUGUAUAAAGUAUUCAAAAGGGGAAAAUAGCCCGCGAAUAGGGUAGCUUUUCUAUCUACGUUUUUUGUUCUGUGCUGAAAAUGAAUUGGCGGGGGGCUCUUCGGGAAAGGUAUGCGAAAUACAGUAAUUUAUUGAGUGAUUCGUGUGGAGAUCGUCCCAUCGGUCGCCAUUCCUAAGCAGCUGCUACUAAAAUAGGUAA